AUGCUGUCAUGCUGUGUGGCAGGUGCUGGGAUGGAUGAGACAGAAAAGUACAAACAGAGACUGGAGGCCAUUGCUGAAAAGCGUCGGCUCCAGGAUGAGCAGGACAAAGCCAGAAGAGAAAAAGAGGAUGAGAAGCUUCGACUUGAGCAGCUCAAGAGAAAGUCUUUGAGGGAUAAGUGGUUGAUGGAAGGAGCUCCCUCGUCUCCAACCUCCCCGAGUGCCGAGACGCCCCAUUCUCCUCUUUUAAGCACCCAAGCACAGGAUAUGGAAAAGGACACUGACAAGUUAGAAUCUGAGAAUCAGCAGUUGGGAGAGAAAAAGAAGAACCUGAAAGAUGGCCAAAAGGAUACUGAAGAUGUGGUGGAGGCUGGAGCUGAAAAUGCCCAAGACGUUGUGCAAAAUGGACCAAACGACACAAGAAACUCAGUCGCUCUGACCAACAGUGAUCAACAUCAACCAAACAGCAAUCACAUCGCACCAGAUCAGAGUGAAUCAGACACAAAUGGACCGAUUGGAGGAACCGAGAGUGGGGACUGUAAGAGUCCAGGAGCUGAAAACGAUGCCAUCGAGGGUGGAUCGGGUCAAAUUCCGAACGCCGACAAUGACGAAGAGGAGGAAGGGACACUGGUGAUGAGAGCGGAAUGUGUUAUCAUCACGGAUGAAGGGGACGAUGUGUCUAUGGAGCUUACCACUCAAGAAGCAUCUGAAAAUUUAACAGAAGCAGAAAAUAGCGACGCAAGUGAGUGCGCUACAAAGAAGAAGCAAGACAUGGAUGAAGGCCAGGAUGAGAAAAUAGAGGUUCAAGGGAGGGCCACUGUGGCUUUGGUGCCAGUCUACACCGAGGUGCCAUCUUCUGCUCUCAGUUCUGCUUUAGAAGCUGAAGAAGAGAAGUCAACGGCAGCUGAGGCAGCUCUGAAAGUUGCCAAUGACACCCGUCUAUCCGGACAGUUCCAGGAGGUGCCCCUGACCGAUCCUCGGAACAGCCUGAGAACGGAGGCGGGGCCAGCGGAGCAGGAGCCGCUUCUGUCGAAAGCCGAAACGCCCAAAGCGACGGCAGAGCUAGCCGGAGCGAACAGCCGAGGCAGCGCGGAGCCACAGAGCCCCACCAGAGGGAACCCGGGAGGAAACUUGGACUCGCCCAAACACAAAAACUGCCAGUGCUGUUCCGUCAUGUGAAUUCUCCUCCCCAUGCACGAGUUUCCUCCAAGCCUCUCGUUUUUUCUCCUCAUCCUUCACCACGUCCCAUGAACGCAUUCCCUCCGCCAUCUCUUUGUUUAGUGCAUGCAUCCAUUUUUGACUCGGCAAGUCCCCAGACAAAAUUUUCCGAAAUUUACGAAACGUCCCAACCCUUCAUAUUGACAGAAAGUCCUUUGCUCCAACAUGAAAGGGGUCCCAGAGACAUAACUUUGAGGUUUUAAGCACUUUCAGCCUAUCCGAGUUCAGUUUAACAGACUUUUCCUCAUACAUGGUUGGCUCAAAUAUUUUGAUCCCCCCGACAAAUUCGUGAUCAGAUCAGCCAACAUGCACUUCUAACCUUCAAAUGAAGAGUCAGUAUAUUUUAAAAACUGACCGAUGUACCGUUUUAAAUUUGCUUUGUACCUUUUAGAAGAAAAAAUCUGAUAUUGAGCGUCAUAGGCGUACAGAUGUUUGGAGGUUUGCAGAAAGCAUUGAAGCCGAAUUAUUUUAUUGCUGUUUGACACUUAGAUUUGUUCAUUAAUCUACACACAGAGAAGCUGAAUAAAAUUUUUCUUUGAUUUUUAUUUACUCAGCUAUACUGUGUCAGCAGGACAAAAUGGCUUGCAGUUCAAAAUGGUCUGAUUUACAAACAGUGUGCAGCACUACGUUUUCGGAGGAGUGGCAGUUUUAGAAGAGAAAUUAAUUUUAACUACCUGGAAGUAUGAAUUUUUCUUUGAUUUUCUUCUUUACCGCAUGGGUUUUAGUUGAGGUCUGGUAUGGCUGUAUAUACUGUAAACUACAUUUUUGAGCCCUGACAUGAUUGCUUAUUGGUUUAUCGAUUAAACUGAUAUUUGUGGUAAAUGACUUGUCUGUGUUCAUUCAGCAUAUGUGCUUCCCAAACACUGAGUGAAAACACAGCACAUAAAGCCAAGUCAGCC